AUCGGCUCAUUGAUUUCCAGCCUCCUCUGCUAUCCAUCUCACACAAGCACAAGCUGAUAGAUAAAAUACUUGGCCAGCUGCCAUGGUCAAGAAGCAGCUCGGUGGCCUCACCUCUCUCUUCAGCAGCAGCAAUAAGGACACCACCGGUGCAGUGUUGCCGUGCCCUUCCUCCUCUUCUUCCAUGUUGUCUGCCUCUUCCUCAUCCGUGUGGCAAUGGCCGUCCUGCGGCCACCCAAGAACCCUCUCAUUCAGGCAGCAGCAGGUCAAUGGGCAAGACGGCCACCAUCGCCACAUGAUGAAGCAGGCUUACAAGACCAUGAACUCGGCCUACUUCCCCGACUCCGUGGACUCCUGCUUCUCCAACUCCUUCGCCUCCGUCGACAGCUUCUCCACGGCGUCGGAGGCCUCUGCCCCGGUCGACGCCUCUGAGGCCGAGGCUGAGGCCGUCAUACGCGCGCUGCGCUCGGACCGCCUCUUCUUCGAGCCAGGCGCGGCGGCCUCCUCCUGCAUACUCAUCGAGGAGGCCAGCAAGCCCAAGAUGAAGGCCGUGGUGGACGACGACGACGACGGCCACAAUGACAGCACCAUGAGCAAUGCAACGGUGGCGUUCGGGGGUGCGACAGCGAUGUCGGUGGAGUCGCAGAACCCGUACCGCGACUUCCGGGAGUCCAUGGAAGCGAUGGUGAUGAGCCACGGCGUGAAGGACUGGCGGUGGCUGGAGGAGAUGCUGGGGUGGUACCUCAUGGCCAACGGCAAGAGCACCCACAGCCUCAUCGUCGGCGCCUUCGUCGACUUGCUCGUCGCGCUCAGCACCGCCUCCCCAGCUUCCUCUCCGGCUCCGGCCUCCCCCACCAACUGCUCUUCUUCCAGCGCUUGCUCCUCCUCCUCCUUGUGAUCAAUUGAGGAGGCCAUUAUACUGUGAAUAUUGCAAGCAAGGAGGAUCUGCAGCUAGGGAGACGAAUUAAUCAACAAGACAAUUGAUUAGGCCUCUCUCCAUUAUAUUAUAUUUGAUCACAGUUUUGAGCAUAUGGAGAUGGAGUCACGGCCGGGUAGUGCAAUGCAGCAUGCAUGAUCGAUCACCUCAAGUGCUCAUUGAUCUAUAGCUAGACGAAUUAACUGUAAUUUGAUCACCAGCUUUUGCAGUUAAUUAUUUCUGAGAGUGAGAGAUGCAUGUACGUAAAUUGGUGUGUGCAGUGCAAUCGUACGUCUUGUUUGCUGCAGCAGCAAGUUUAAAAGGUAAAGAGAAUGUACUCCAAUAGCUAGCUAGCUGUACACUCCUUUUUGUCAGUAACUGAUCAGUAUACACGUACUACACUGUUUUCUCAGUCAA